CAUCCCCAUUGUCCUCCCCAAAAUAUACUUCUCUAUCUUCUUUCCAGUCUUACUCUCAUUCUCCAUGAUAAAAAGAAUAGUUGAGGGACGAAGAUGAAGAACGCCAUAAGAUGUUUUAUAUCAUGCAUUUUUCCUUGUGGUGCACUUGAUGUAAUUCGGAUCGUUCACUCGAAUGGACAUGUGGAAGAAAUAAGUGGCACAAUCCGAGCUGCUGAGAUCAUGAAACUACACCCUAAGCAUGUUCUCAAAAAACCAUCGUCUCCAUCCUACAACGAUGAAGGGACGGUCAGUUGUCCCAAGAUCAUCAUCUUGCCACCAGAUGCCGAACUCAAGCGUGGCAAGAUUUACUUUCUUAUGCCGGUUCCUCCUUCCUUGCCUGAAAAGACACGUUCUAAGUCAUCUUCAGCUACAAGGAAGAAAAAAACCGGCAUUCACACUAGUAAUAGUGAAAAUAAGAACUUGUUAACGAAUCUUCUUGUCUCUGAUCGCUACUUGACAGAGAUUUUAUCCGAGAAGGUAAAGGAUCCAAGGAAGGGGCGUGUUGGCGUGUGGAGACCUCAUUUAGAGAGCAUUUCCGAGGCUACAAGUGAUGUGUGAAUUAAUGUCGGUUUUUCAUCUUCUUCUUCAACUUUCUUUUUUGAACCGAAUUCAUUUUUCAUAAUCGUAUUUGUAUGCAACUUAAUUCCUGUUAUUCUUGUUCUUUUCUUUUUCGAAAACUUUUGUAUAUACAAAAGGGAAAAACAAGAAAUAACAUGUGAUCAAAUGCUAUCUUAUGUCUAUUUUAAUUCUAUGGUCUUUCUGGAGCA